AUUUCUUCUUCUACGCGUAAACUGUUGCCAUGGAAGCGUUGCUGCCACCGCCGUUCUAGCGGUGCGUAUGAGACAAGACAAGAGGGUAAACAAACCGAAAUGCAAAGUUUUUUUAUGAACUGUUUGCAGAUGUCUUAAUGCUGUUUUUCACCCUUGAUGGAGGUCUAGACUAACUAAAGUGGCAUUCCGGUUUUUAGUAACAUUGCCGUCUAAACCACUAAAUGUAAGACAUAACUGUAUGUAGUAAAUAUUGUCACAUUUAUGCAGUUUCACUUUCUAAAUUAAAUUAUUGGGAUAAAUCCCCGUCUCUACAAUACUCUAUAUUUCUAAGAUGUAUCUACAUACGGACAGGAUAUAUUUUUAUGUCUUGUGAGGAUAAAGUGAUUCGGAUAAUAAAUAGAUGGAUGGUAUUAUACUCAUUACCAUUCCUCAAGGGAAAUUUCAACACAAGACAGUGGUUUACCAGUACUGUACUUUAAUACAGGUUUGCAAAACACAACAGAGCUACUAUAUUUAAUUUAUAUAGCCAUCUAUUUUAUUUUUAAUGUUUUUCUUUCAUUUUUAGAUGGAUGUCAUUUCAAUGUAAAUACAAAAAUCGUUCUGUUAAUGCUUUCCAAGAGACACUCCCCCCCCAUUGGCUGUGUAGUGCGUCAUGCAGUCAGUGCAUGGUUCCGCUGUGUUCACUGGAUAGCAAAUGUUACCUCAGCAUCAUCCGCGCCAGACUCCUCAUUCCGAGCCCCCGCCAUGACCUUCAUCAGCACUGUUUAGCUUCAUGCUGAGGUUGUUUUAUUCUCUGGAGGUUUGCUGCUGAAAGCGGACACCUGAGCUGCAUAGCGGCGUCACUGCGGCUCUUAUUUUGUAUAUGCGACCAUGGCCAGCAUACUAGCACCGUCCGACACAGUGCCAGCGGGUAAAUAUUUACAUCAUUAUUUAUUCUUUAAUAUGAUGUUUUCAUUAGGCUUCAUAGUAGGCUCGUGAAUAACGUCAUGUUUUAACUGCGCGCUGUGCUCGAUGCAAACAAUAGCCCAAUGUGUGCAUGAUGAUGCAGCCUAGCCAUGCUUCAUAUUCUUGGAAAGAUAUCAACAUUUACAUUCAUUUAAACUGACGUCAUCGUUGUUCCUGUUAUUUAAUUGUGCAUGUGGAUAGGGUAGGCUUGUUGAAUAUUUAAAGGCGCGAGGUCUAUUUUACGUUGUUAUUGUAAUGACGUCACUGUGUCGUCGAAGAGCUUUAAAGGGUCUUGAGUGCAUUGACAUGGGCCCCUAGAGAUUAGACUAUUAUUUUACAAGCAUCCUCCCCAUGCUAGUGAUGAAGAUGAUGAUGAUGGUAAAAGUCAUUUUUAGGCUCUCCACAUCCUGAAAGAAGAGAAACAUCAUCAGUCGAAAAGAUGGCACCUCCAACUGUCCCGCUACUUCCCGACAAGAGAAAUGGAACAAACAUUCACAGCUCCCCGGGCAGAACUAAAAAAACAACUGCAACUAACACAGACAAGAAGCCUCUUUUGAAUGGCCAUGCAUCACCUUCACAUUUGGUUGCAAACAUCAGCACCAACCCUGCCAACAAACCAAUUGUGGAGGGUUUUUUGAAGACAGACGACAGGAUGCGUUUAGCCAAAGAGAGACGGGAGGAGAGGGACAGAAGCCUUGCGGCACGGGAGCAGCUGAUUAGAGAGAAGGAGCGUCGAGCUCAGCUGCAGUACGAGCGCACGGUUGAGGAGCGCUGGAAGCGGAUGGAGGAGCAGAGGAACAAGGAGGAGCUGCGCAGAGCUGCGGUGGAGGAGAAGCGAAGACUGCAACUAGAGGAGGAGAGGGAGCGGUUGGAGGCCCUCAUGAAACGCUCUCUGGAGCGCAGCCUGACCCUGGAGAACAGACACAAACGUUGGAGCAGAGCAGGUGACAGUGAGAAUGCACCGCUCUCUUUCUCUGCUGCCUCCGCCCUUUCCCAUGGCCUUGCCUCCCCUCUUCCUGCUGUCAGCGAAUCUGCGCCCUGCAGCCCUCGCAGAUCACCUUUGUACAGCUCACGGAGCCCUGCUGAUUCCCACAGAAGUGGACUACUGGAAGGUUCUCAAUCCACUCCCAACACCCCCAAGAAAGAGCGUCCGCGAAAGGAGAGGAGAACUGGAUCCCCAGGUGGUCCAUAUUCAAAGAGAAGAUCCGAGUCGCCUAUUAAUAUCACCAGACAGAUGACAUCUCCGACUACUUCCAGGCUUGCUUCUAAGACACACAUACAGUCUCCCAGCAAUGUUCCUGAGUACCACCACUCUCCCAACAAACCUCGACAUUUGAAUAAUAAUAAAGCACAAAAGGGUGAAGGGGCGGGGAAAAGUAACCCCCAAGUCAAAUCAUCUGAAGUUGUCAAAGGUGAUGCACCUGAGAAAAAAGAGGACCUUUUUGAGAAGAAAUCUGAGCAUGUUGUUCAAAAUAAAGAAAAGAAAAGAGGGAAGCCAACAAAUGGGAUAACCAAUGCAGAGGAGGCUAGCAAGCUGCUAGCAGAGCAUCGACGUCAGGCUCGGGCACAAAAAGAACUGGACGACAAAAAACGAGAACAAGCGUGUGACGAAAGGCUCUAUGACAAGCAGCAGACCAAACAAGAUGGACAAGAACAAUGGCAGCACAUGGCCAAGGAGUCGGGGGAAAAUGUCACAGUUUCUUAUAAGGCAACACAACAAGAGAAACAGGAGAAAGAACCAAUCAGCAUAGAGAGAGAAAAGGCUAAAGUUCAAGCAGAAGAAGAAGCGCAGCGUCAGCGUCAAGACCGAGAACAACAGUCGCAACAGGACGAGGAGGAGAGGCAGCUAAGGAAGAAGAGAAUCGAGCAGAUCAUGAGGAGAACGAGGAAAGGAGAAGCUGACGUGAAGGACGAACAGAUUGAUAGCAGAUCACCACCAGGGGAGGUAGAGCCAAUUCAAAGUAAAGCUCAGGAAGACUUUGUAUGGUCUAAAGAGCAGGUCGCAAGCAACAGGGAGGGGGAAAAAGCAGCAGCAGGAAAGAUGGACCAUCAGAAGCAUGUUGAAAACAACGCUCAAGUUCUGCCAGCUCACAGUGUUCCCAACACUAGAAUGGACAGCAGAAAAAUUAUCGUUGCAGGUGAAUUAAACAAGGAAGGUGUGGACGUUCUCCAACAAGUGCAAGGGAAUGCAAACAAGCAGCCGGGAAUUAAUUUUAAAGACCCAUUUGCAAAAGAACCAACCAAUGAGGCAGUUAAACAAAAUGAGAUGAAUGGAGCAGUCAAGUGGAGAGAAAGUGUUCCCAUGAGAGGUCAAGUAAAAGCUGAGGUAAGCAAACAGAAAGCGGCAUCCUCGGCAUCGGGACAUGGAGGACGAGGACCUCAACCACCACCCGCCAUUCAUCUGAAGCCACUGGAGGUGAAACAGUCUCGUGACGAGGUGCAGUCAAUGGACGUCAGCCCAUCUUCAAAGGAGGAAUUGAUUUCCAUCCCAGAAUUCUCGCCAGUGAAUGAAACCCAGCAAUGUGGCUUAAGUAACACCCGGGCCCUUCAGGACCUGAUGGACCUGACCGGCAGCGUCACAUGCCCCAAAAAAACCUCUGAAGACAAUGUGGGCGGCGACUACAACAAAAAUCUCAUCCAGGGGGUCGUCACCCCCACGUCGGACUCUAAGAUCGUUGGGAUGUCGCUUCCCUCCUCAACUCAACUUAAUAUCAAUUAGCGCAAACAUCGUUUCCUCCCUUACGCACGCUAGACCUGUUAUUUAGAAAAUAAACUUCUAUUUACGGAAAAGAGCCAUAGAAACUGACAGUGACUAAAAUUACAUCUUGCAUUAUUGUAAUCUACUAAUCAAAACACACAGCAGAUAUAGAUGAUAGUGAGGGACUAAAAGUGGAACUGUUAUUAAUUGGCAACCAGUCAAAGGUGUAAUAAUCCCUCAUUUACAAGCUAGUGUCAAUAUUGAACACAACACUGUUUGUUUUUGUGAAUGUUUGUCAAAAUAAUGUCACUUCCAUUAGUUAUGUUGUACAAACUAAAUCAACUGCUUCCAGUAACAAAGUAGUAGUAGGGCAAGUCAUUUUGCUUCAGUUUUUUUUUUCAAGUAAAAAUAAUCAACAAUUGAUUCCAAGUGCAAUUUUCCCCCAAGUGUUAAUGUUAAAUUAGUCAAUUUUCAUCCCAAUGAGUCAAGAAUGUCAACGUUUAUGGACUUUUAUGAACUGUCUCGAAUGCCAUAGUAUCAAGACAAUAUCAUAUGUUUGCUUGCACAACCACUUAGAGGUUUAUGUACAAAUAGAAAUAGAAGAGCUUUGAUACCGCAUUUCUGUGCUGCUACUGUUUGACUUGUAUUUCCAUCUAUGCUGUGAUCAUUAUGUGUGUGACCUAUAACAUCAUGUCCAAGUAACACAGCUUAACAGCAACUUUCUUGCAUAUGUUUGUUUCCAUCAACUUUCCACUAUCCCCAGCAAGGGCUUUUAAAAUUGUCAUAUACUGUAGCUCAUCAAGUAAUUUGAUUGGACAAACAGAGCAAUUGGAAUCAUUUGAAUUGAAAGAAAAAUAUUUGAAUUGCACACACAAUUUAGCUGAAAUAGAAUUAUAUCCUCUUGUAUUUCAAAAUAAGUGAAUUUAAAAUGGUCACUGUUGAGUUGUGCAUGUUA